CGUUUAACUUUAGACGCGCCGCGGGAUUGUAAAAUUUUUAUUUUAAAGAGUUUUGCUAAGAAAAUAUUUAUAAAAAUGGAUCCGGAUGUGAUGGAUUUUUUCGAUUUCUCGAAGGAAUUUAAGCGCGAGACAGCACCGCAAGGCUAUAUAAGUAGCGACCCGUCUAACAUGGCCGUGGAAGCCACCGAAUCAAAGGUGGUUAAGCGCGAGGUAAUAGGCACCGAAUAUGCCGCUGAAAUCGUGGCGAAGGAGAAGCAGCGUCUCGAUGGGUUGCUGCGCGAUGAUGAAUGCUUUCCAAACAAACGUACGCUGGACGACAUGGACACGGACGAAGAAGAGGAGGAAGUAUCCGAAAUCCGCCGGGAUGAGGAGUACUACCAGAAGUACAGGUUUGAUCUGAAUCGAGAUAAGAAUUUGCCGAUCUACGCCAAACGCGAGGAAAUUUUGGCUGCCAUCGUUGCACAUCCGGUCGUAAUUCUCAAGGGCGAAACAGGAUGCGGCAAGACCACGCAGGUGCCCCAGUACAUUUUGGACGAGGGUUUUAAGAGCGGCCAAUACUGCAACAUUGUGGUUACCCAACCCCGGCGCAUAGCUGCCAUCUCUAUAGCCAAUAGAGUGUGCCAGGAGCGACAAUGGCAGCCGAACACCGUGUGCAGCUACCAGGUGGGACUGCACCGUCCAGCGAGUAUGGAAGAGACGCGCCUGCUGUACUGCACUACCGGAGUGCUACUGAACAACCUGGUACAUAACAAGACUCUGACCCACUAUACCCACAUCGUGCUGGACGAGGUUCACGAGCGAGACCAGGACAUGGACUUUUUGCUGAUUGUAGUCCGUCGCCUGCUUGCCACCAACUCUCGCCAUGUAAAGAUCAUCCUAAUGUCGGCCACAAUUGAUGCCCGGGAGCUGUCCGACUAUUUUGCAACCAAGAACUUGAUUCCGCCGGUGAUUAGCGCCAGUCAUGGACGUAAAUACACAAUUGAAAAGUUUUACCGCGACCAGCUGAACAACAUUAAGUGGAAGGAUGAGGUGGACGAUCAGUUCGUGCCACGCAUCAAUGACGACGGCUACAGGGCGGCGGUGAAGAUCAUUUUGGUCAUCGACAACAUGGAACGGGAGAACGGGAUCCAUUCGCGGCUGAGCUACGACGAGGCCAUGCGCCAUGGAGCUGUGCUCAUAUUCCUGCCCGGUGUAUUCGAGAUUGACAACAUGGCAGAAAACAUAACUGAUAUAUUGCAGCAUGAACGAAACAUUAAAGUUUUCAUUGUACGUUGCUUUUCGCUGAUGACCCCUGAGAAUCAGAGAGAUGUAUUCCAGCCACCGCCUGCAGGUUUUCGCAAGAUCAUCCUCACUACCAACAUCGCUGAGAGUUCCAUUACGGUGCCUGAUGUGUCCUAUGUAAUUGAUUUCUGUCUUACCAAAGUGCUGGUCACCGAUACGGCCACGAGCUUCAGCUCUCUUCGCCUGACCUGGGCCUCCAAGGCCAACUGUCGCCAGCGUGCCGGUCGUGUGGGGCGUCUCCGGAGUGGUCGUGUCUACCGGAUGGUGAAUAAAUCCUUUUACCAGAGAGAAAUGUCUGAGUUCGGGAUACCAGAAAUGCUGCGCCUGCCUUUGCAAAACUCUGUGCUUAGGGCCAAGGAGUUGGACAUGGGCUCUCCGGUAGAUAUAUUAGCUUUGGCUCUGUCUCCGCCCAAUCUCUCGGACAUACGGAAUACAAUAUUGCUACUAAAGGAGGUGGGUGCAUUGUUCCCAACUGUAGAUGGCGUCUACAACGAGAUGGAUGGCGAUAUAACCUUCUGGGGCACGCUCAUGGCUCGGCUGCCAUUGGACACACGUCUAAGCCGUCUCAUUAUAUUGGGUUAUGUGUUUAACUUACUGGAAGAAGCGAUCAUUAUAUCUGCUGGCUUGUCGAUGCGUGGCUUGUAUUUGGCCGAAGGUCGUAGGAGUCAAGGAGCCGAUUCAUUUUGGAUGCAUUACAUUUUUGCCGAUGGGUCUGGCUCGGACUUGGUUGCGAUUUGGCGCGUCUAUCUAACAUAUUUAAACAUGGUCGAAAUUGGCCACGAACAGGAGUCUGCUAUUCGCUGGGCGAAGCGUUUCCACGUCUCCUUGCGAUCGCUGAAAGAGAUGCACUUGCUAGUGCAGGAGCUGCGUAUGCGAUGCACAAAUCUCGGUCUCGUCCCGUUUGCGGCUGAUUCUACUCAGAUGUUGGGUGACCGUGAAAAAGUGACCAUCCUCAAAGUGAUCAUCGCCGGUGCUUUCUAUCCAAAUUAUUUCAUGCGAUCAAAGGGGUCGUGUGUCGAACCCGAUCGCGAUAUGUACCAAGUGUUAUCGGGGAACGAUCCUUGUCGCACCGUCUAUUUUACCAACUUUAAGCCUGGGUACAUGGGCGAGUUGUACACUAGGCGCAUCAAGGAUCUCUUUCAGGAGGCAAGGAUUCCGCCCGAAAAUAUUGAUGUUACCUUUCAACAUGGAUCGCAAAAGGUGUUUGUCACAUUUAAGCACGACGAUUGCAAUGAAAAUUCAUCCAAGUUAAUAAGUGUGUCGGGCAAAAUCGAAAGUGAAGUCUACAAGGCGGUCAGAAUGAGAUUUGAACGCAUGCAACGUCCAAUUCGCAUAAUGGAUCAGAAUAACUUUAUGAACUACGUUCAGCAGCGAAAGAUUGGAGAUAUAAUUGAGGGUCGUUGGGUUCCCCCCACAAAGUCCUUAAAUGUAGAGCUACUUGCCUUACCAUCUGUGUAUGAUAAAACCAUAACGGGUUUAAUCACUUGUAUUGUUAGCUGUGGAAAGUUUUACUUUCAACCUCAAUCAUUUGCAGAGUGCAUUCGCAACAUGUCCGAGAUCUUUAAUGCCCCUCAGCAGUUGCGAAAUCAUGUAUUAAAUGCAGGUGCCAUCACAAAGGGCCUGAUGGUGUUGGCCAAGCGGGAGAGUCAUUUUCAACGCGCCAGGGUGAUCCGACCCGAGAACCGGAGCAAUCGGCAGCCGAUGUUUUAUGUUCGCUUUAUAGACUAUGGAGACUGCUUUUUGCUGCCCAUGGAGCAGCUACGCCUGAUGCCGGAUGAGCUGGUAGGGCAGUAUGGUGACCUGCCACCACGUGUGUUUGAGUGCAGGUUGGCGCUGGUUCAGCCGUCCAUGGUAAUUAGCAAGAGUAACAGUUGGCCCAAGAAGGCCAAUGAUAUGCUCCACUCGCUAGCCAAAUGCGGUCGCAUAGAUAUCGAGGUGUACUCGCUGUUCAACAAUGUAGCAGCUGUCCUUAUCCACAUGCGAGAUGGCUUAAUCAAUGAGAAGCUUGUGGAGCUCAAGUUGGCUCGUCGGGCCGACGAAGAUUUUAUGUCUCGGCAGGAUCAUGACUUCCGGACCCGCAGACAAGAAUCUGCCCGCUACUCGAGUUCGGCGGAGCGGCAGCAAAUUAAUGAGGAGUAUCUGCGUUCCUGCCAGCUGCCCCAAGAUAACGACCUUUCCCCACCUCCGCUGGAUAGAUGCAACACUGUGGUAAUGUUGAAGGGACCCUACAGUCCGUUGGAGUCCACCAUGUACUCCACCAUUCGAGUGGGCGUAUGGAAAACUGUGAAAAUUGAUAAUGCGUCGGUUAACGCUGUACUCCUGGAUGCGGAUCCGCAGGAUCAACACGAUCAGAUGAUUGUGGCUCAUACAACCGUGGAGAGUACCAAUGGACAGAUCCUGACCGCCCGUGGAACUACAUUGAUGCCCAACGUACACGGCUUUGGAGCACUCAUGGUCAUGCUUUUCUGUCCCACUAUGCAGAUGAAAUGCAACAAGGAUGGUACCAAGUAUGUGUCUAUCUUGGCGGGGUUGGGUUGCGACCCAAAAACUAUGGAACCUUAUUUCGAGGAGCACGAUAUGGUAAUCAAUUUAGACGUUAACAUUCUUGAAGAUGACCUGAACUUGAUCAAUCAAAUGCGCUAUUAUAUCGAUAGUGUCUUUUUUAACUUUAAAGACGAGAAUUAUCCAGCGGUUAGUGUUAAUGAACGCGUUUAUAUAUUUACUCAGCUGCGCGGCCUCGUCAGUCGCCUUCUGUCUAAGGAUCGUAGUUAUAUUGAAAUUAACUCUAGCAACUCUGAUUACAUAUGGGAUAAAACUGAAGAUCUGCCAAAUGUGUCUGAGCCUUUCGGCAAGCGGGCUAUAUUCCCCAUGCACUUUAUUCCAGAGCUCCGAGAGGAGGAUUUCGGUCAUGUCUUGAAAUUGGUGGAGAACUGCAAAAAGUUGUACGAAUGGCGCAACUUCGAGGGAGUUUUUGCUCCGAUGACAUGCAAACUAUGCAACCAGUUGUUGGAAUCCGUUCCCCAGCUACGGAUGCAUCUCCUCACCCAAUUGCAUCGUGACCGCGAAAAGCAAAUUGACUACCGCAAGGAAUAAAAAUAUUUGUAUUAUUAAGGUUGACAAGAGUUUAGGACUCGUUAUCGUUUUAUAAAAUUGAAAUUGUUACGAACGCUAAUAAGAUGACUUAAAAAUCGUCUGGAAGACACUAAACUAAAAAUCUUUUUUGAAAAAUAUCGUUAUCCAUUAUCCUUUUGAUUUUUGAAACAUUCAGUUUUUAUUCUUUAAAAUCAUUUGAAUCGGAAACAGAAACCAAAUGAAUUACAAAAAUUAUAAUGAACUUUCCAUUUUCUAUGUCAUUGUUAGUGCUCUCAAUGCUCUAUUAUUAUCAUAUGCAAUCAUAGUACUAUAACUUCU